AUGUUCAAAAUCUCAACGUUGGAUGGGUGGCUUGUAGUUGUAAAUGGGACCCAGCAAAUCGAUGACAUUCGGCGGGCAAACGAUGAGCAAAUGCACGGGAUGACCACCGUUGCUGAGUAUUUACAACUAGAACACACGUUGGGACCAGAGCUUUUGGAUGACCCAUAUCAUAUCGAUGUUAUCAGAAUGUCUGUUACCAGGAAUAUUGCGGCACGGUUUGAAGAUAUUCACGACGAAGUUCGCCGCGCCUAUUCGGAUGCAAUCAAGGUGAACGAAAAUGACUGGACAGCAUUGCCAGCAUAUGAACUCCAGGUCCAGGUCAUCAAUAGGGUAUCAGCUCGAUAUUUUUUUGGAAAGCCGCUUUGUGAUGACCGUGAAUUUUUGGAGAUAUGCGAUAAAGCGACUAUAGAAAUUUUUAAAGGGAGGUUUUUACGAGUCCUCCCAGUCUUUCUGCGGCCGAAACCCAAUACCAGACUUGGAGCGAGGGCAUUUACAAAUAUCCACGGCUUGAGGGGGAAGGUUGCCAAGUACCUAGCACCUAUAAUCGAGGAAAGGCUGGAGCAGGAACGGCUCUAUGGGGCAGAGUGGCCUGAUAAACCGAAUGACUUGAUUACCUGGCUGAUGGAUGGUGCACGCGCCUCAAAUACAGAGAUAUCAGCAGAGGAUAUGAGCAUUCGGGUGCUCUUCAUCAGCUUUGGUGCCAUCCAUACAUCGACCGCGACCAUUACCGCUGCCCUCUACCAACUAUGUUUGAGUCCUGGUAGUGUGAAGGAACUCCGUGAAGAAAUAGAAAAUGUCGUAGCAUCAGAAGGGUGGUCGAAGGCGUCUCUGGGGAAAAUGUACAAGUUGGAUAGUUAUCUGCGUGAGUCGCAGAGGCAUCACUUCAUGAACCUGUUUGCAAUGAGCAGAGUUACCCUAAAGGACUUUGUGUUCUCAGACGGUACAGUCCUCCCCAAGGGCACUAACACAACUGUUAAUAUCGUUGCGCGACAUCAUGACGAAUCGAUCUACCCCAAUUCCAACAUUUUCGACGGUUUCCGGUUCGUCAGAGAUCCCAAGGAAGGCAUCACUCGUCCGAUGCUCGCAACACCAACACUGGAGUACCACGCAUUUGGACACGGAAGAUCAGCCUGCCCUGGCCGAUUCUUCGCUGUUACCGAGCUGAAGACAAUGGUGGCGCACAUAGUGACAAAUUACGACAUCAAACUUGAGAAGGACGACGGGUAUCCGAAAAAACUAUUCUUCGAACAGCAAUCGUUCCCCAAUAUGCACGCCAAGAUCCUGUUCCGUAAACGCAAUACCUGA